AAACUCUUCUUCUUCUUCUUUCUCCACUGUCUCUUUCUUCGAAUUCGCAAAAAAAAAAAGAGCGAUCAGUGAGUGACAUUAGAAGGAAACUAGAGCAGUGAAUUUCUCUUGAUCCUCGGAAAAAAUGGCUUGGGAGGACGACGAAGUUAACCGUCUUCCGGUGAAUUUUCCCGGUUAAGUUAACUCGCACGUUUUUUACGAGGCAACAACAUCUCCCGCUUAAACCCUUUUAAAGACAGAAACAAGAAAACAAAACAUCAUUCUCUCAAAAACCCACCUCGAAAGUUCCGAUCUUUUUUUUUUGUUUGGGUCUUUGCAAUGUCGACGACGAACACUCCUCCCACGGCGGCGAUCGAUGGGCUAACAACCGACGAGGUAACGGCCAAAGCUUUGAACAAGAGAUACGAAGGUUUGUUAACGGUGAGAACCAAAGCGGUGAAAGGCAAAGGCGCGUGGUACUGGGCACACCUCGAGCCGAUCCUCGUGCGCAACACCGACACUAACCUCCCCAAAGCCGUGAAACUCCGCUGCUCCUUGUGCGACGCCGUUUUCUCCGCCUCUAACCCUUCUCGCACCGCCUCCGAGCACCUCAAGCGUGGCACGUGUCCCAACUUCACCUCCUCCUCCUCGGUCAACCCUUCUCCUUCCUCUUCCUCGUCCUCCCCUUCUCGCCACCGGAAACGUAACUCCUCCGGCGCCGUCACCACCGCCGUUCCUUCUCGCCUCAACCCUCCUCAGGCCUCGUACCACGUGGCGCCGAUAACCGUCGUGGAUCCUUCGAGAUUCUGCGGCGGAGAGUUGCAGUACUCUGCUCCUCCGCCGCCGCCGCCGCAUUUGAUGCUCUCCGGCGGAAAAGACGAUCUGGGUCCGUUGGCGAUGCUUGAAGACAGCGUGAAGAAGCUCAAGAGUCCCAAACCUUCGCACACGCAGUCUCUCACGAGGUCGCAGAUAGACUCGGCUCUCAGCUCUCUGUCCGACUGGGUCUUCGAAUCUUGCGGCUCUGUUUCUCUGUCGGGUCUCGAGCAUCCGAAGUUUCGAGCUUUCUUAACACAAGUCGGGUUACCGAUCAUCUCCAAGCGAGACUUCGCCACGACGAGACUCGACGUGAAGUACGAGGAGGCGAGGGCUGAGUCCGAAUCGAGAAUCCGAGACGCCAUGUUCCUCCAAAUCUCAUCGGACGGGUGGAAGUCGGGAGAGGGAAUAGUGAACCUGAUCGUGAAUUUACCAAACGGGACGAGUCUGUACAGAAGGGCGGUUCCGGUGAACGGAGCUGUGCCGUCGAACUACGCGGAGGAGGUCUUGUUGGAGACUGUGAAGGGUAUUUGUGGAAAUUUACCUCAGAGGUGUGUUGGGAUAGUUUCUGAUAAGUUUAAGACCAAAGCGCUGAGGAGUCUUGAGAGUCAGCAUCAGUGGAUGGUUAACCUGUCUUGUCAGUUCCAAGGGCUAAACAGUCUGAUCAAAGACUUCCUAAAAGAGCUCCCUUUGUUUAAAUCCGUCUCACAAAACUGUGUGAGACUCGCCGAGUUCAUCAACAACACCGCGCAGAUACGUAACGCGCACUGUAAGUAUCAGCUUCAAGAACACGGCGAAUCUAUAAUGCUUAGAUUGCCGUUAACUUGUAGUAGUAGCAAGGCUUGUUUCUGGGAGCCGUUGUUUAAUUUACUCGAGGAUGUGUUGAGUUCCGCUAGAGCAAUUCAGAUGGUAAUGCAUGAUGAUGCGUGCAAGGCUGUUUUAAUAGAGGAUCACGGGGCUAGGGAGGUUAGAGAGAUGGUUGGAGACCAAGGGUUUUGGAACGAGGUGGAGGCGGUUCACGCUUUGAUCAAGCUUGUCAAAGAGAUGGCUCGGAGAAUAGAGGAAGAGAAGCUGCUUGUUGGGCAAUGCCUUCCUUUAUGGGACGAGCUAAGAGCUAAGGUUAAAGAUUGGGACUCUAAGUUCAACGUAGGGGAAGGGCUUGUCGAGAAACUUGUUGAGAGAAGAUUCAAGAAGAGUUAUCACCCAGCUUGGGCUGCAGCGUUCAUACUAGACCCUCUUUACUUGAUAAGAGAUAGCACCGGGAAGUAUCUUCCACCGUUCAAGUGUUUGUCACCAGAGCAAGAGAAAGAUGUAGAUAAGUUGAUAACAAGGCUUGUGUCUAGAGAGGAGGCACACAUUGCAUUGAUGGAACUUAUGAAAUGGAGAACAGAAGGGCUUGAUCCUAUGUAUGCAAGGGCGGUUCAGAUGAAAGAGCGUGACCCGGUAUCUGGUAAGAUGAGGAUAGCUAAUCCUCAAAGCAGUAGACUUGUUUGGGAGACGUAUCUUAGCGAGUUCAGGUCACUAGGGAAAGUUGCUGUAAGGCUCAUUUUCCUCCAUGCAACUGCUUGUGGGUUCAAAUGCAAUUCCUCUCUUUUGAAAUGGGUAAACUCUCAUGGGCGGUCGCAUGCAGCCAUAGAUAGAGCUCAGAAGCUUAUCUUUAUAUCAGCUAAUUCGAAAUUCGAAAGAAGAGAUUUCUCCAAUGAGGAGGAUAGGGAUGCAGAGCUGCUAGCCAUGGCUAAUGGUGAUGAUAAUUUGCUUAAUGAUGUUCUUGCUGAUACAUCCUCUGUGUGAGUUUUAAGUUUGACAUUUUGUAGGAUUAUUUGGAUUCUUUUCUUUCAUUACUAUUACCCCCUUAUUAUAUAUCAUUGAUAUUCAAUUUGUACUUGGUUCUUUAGAAGUUGAGAAAGAGAUGGCAUAUCAUCCAUAUGUGAUUUGAGUAUUUGUAUUUCUUUAGCCUAUAUGUAUAUUUUUUCGGUUA